AUGGAAUAUUUGAAAAAGGCCGCCAUCGAACAGAGAUUGGCUAAACCUCGUAGUUUAGCAUGGGCUGUUCUACUGAAUGCUGUGCCCCCGCCUUCCGGAGACAUAUUGUUAAGUAUACAAGGCCAUAGAAACUUCUAUGAAGAUUUAAGGAAGAAGUUAUCUCUGGAUCCUAGGUCAGUAAUUGGAGAUGAUCCACUCUCUCAGAAUGAUGAGAGUGCAUGGAAACAACACUUCUGUGAUAACGAAUUGAAAGCGCUCAUACUACAAGAUGUAGUAAGGACUUUUCCAGACGAAGCCUAUUUCAGAGACAAAGAUGUCCAAGAUAUGAUGGUGCGGGUGUUAUUCUUCUGGGCCCGAGCGCACGUCCGCCCCGGCUACCGUCAAGGUAUGCACGAGAUCCUGGCUCCAGCGCUGCUGGAACUACACUGCGACAGAAUGAACGCGCCGCAACACAAUCAAAACGAAGUAGUUCGGUAUCUCGAUAGAGUAAGAGAGGAUUUUCUAGUGAAACUAGAUCCUGAACUCGCGGAACAUUUAGCUGAAUGUAAUAUAUCUAUGGAGUUAUUUGGAAUUCGCUGGCUCCGCCUGUUAUUCGGUCGGGAAUUCCCCCGCGGGGAUGUCCCUGAUCUUUGGGGCUUCAUAUUUUCCGACGGCCCCAUGUUACCAAACGUGCAUUAUGUUAUUUUGGCUAUGCUGAUAUCUAUAAGAAACAUUCUAUUAGACUCAGACACAGGUACAGCGUUGUCAAUACUAAUGCGUCCAUCGUCAGUUUCUUCGGAGCACGUUCGAUCACUCGCCUUACAUUUAAGAAACCCUCAGAAGUACCCGCGCCCUCCACAACCAUUAUUGGACGAUUUCGUUACGGUGGACCCGUCGAUGGAGCCGUAUACGUUCGCGGCGUGUUCAGAGGACGCUCGCUCCUCGUGUUCGGAGGGUGUGGCGGAGGGGGGGGACGUCGCCCGGUCGUUGGCCGCGCUCGCGUUACUCCGCGCCCGGCUGCCGGCCGCGGCGGACGCGUUGGCAGCGGCCCUCCCCGCGCCGCCGCCGGCCGCACGGGCGCCGCUACAACAGAUCAUGCAGCUGGCAGCUCUGCUACAAUGUCGCAAUCACGCACUUAUAGACGUCGAAACGGCGUUAGAAGCGGCUGAAAACCAAGCGCCGUCUAACGACAUCGGCAGGCGCCAUCUAGUGCCAGUUACAGUGUUUAACAAGAAACAGAUGAACUCACAGAAACAAAUGACGCAACUUAAUAAGAAGGAAGUACAAUUAAAAGUAUUUCAUCAAGUCGAAUGUAAUGCCAGUGAUUUACCAUUCCUAGAUCCUCUACGGCUAAGGACAGAAUGA